CCGCCUGCCUUCAGCGGGAGCGGGGCCGGAGCUGGGGAUGGGAGCGCCCUGCGCGGGGACAGCCGGCGGCUGGGCACGGCCUGCCGAGGCUGUGAAGGGUGGUGGAUCAGAGGGCAGCUCUGAGCCCGGCCCCUGACCUCGUUUUCAGGGCUCAUGUCGUAGCGCGGCCUCGUUUAGCCCUGUAGUUCCUGUAGCUAAGCCGUGCUCUGACCAGCCCUCAGCGCAGUGCAACAAACCCCACGCUCAGCUAGCGCCCAGCUCAGCGCUUGCCUAUGUGUAUUUUUGACUGGGAGCAGCCUGAUAGAAGUAUGGUAUGCCUCUGUACUGAGGAGUAAGGAAGGGCCCCAGCUGGUGACAAGAUGAUGUGACAGCCCAUAGAUGCAUCUUUAUCCUUUGAAUGGCGUGAUACAGUAAUAAAGCACAACUUCCAAGAUUGGGACCAUGGCUGUUGACUGGAUUGGGUUUGCAUAUGCUGCUCUGUUGGCAGUUGGAGGCGUUGUAGGAUACACUCGUAAAGGUAGUAAAAUUUCUUUAGCUGCUGGUCUUACCUUUGGUUCCAUGGCUGGUUAUGGAGCUUACUGUGUAACACGUGAUCCAAGAAAUGUGAAGAUAUCAUUGUUUUCAGCUUUUCUUUUGACUGUUAUAAUGGGAAUGAGGUUCAAGAGGUCCAAGAAACUGAUGCCAGCUGGACUUGUAGCAUGCCUGAGCCUUUUGAUGAUUUUGAGGCUUGUUUUUAUGCUUCUGUAGGAGAAUGUAGCAACUUGAGAACUGAAGUAUGUCAGCCAUGCCCACCUUGCAAGCAGGCAGGCUCUCCAUACUUGAAAGACAAAUUGGAACACAAGUCUUAUUUUGCUUUUAUCUUUUCAGUAAAAGAUCAAUACGUGUACCCUAAUUACUGGCACUUGCCAGCUGGUGUGUUGCAAGCUAUUUAUAAAAGCUAAAACAGUGGUUUGUUAAUGAUAUAUUUUGAUCUGCUUAAGCAAUCUGCUGACUCGAGGGACCUUUACCUCUAAGUUCGAUAGCUUUCAGAGGUGCUGAGCACACCAGGAGACUGCAUAAGCACUGUAUCUCAGAGAUGUAUUGUUUUGAAGUAUAAUUUUGUAGCUUCUGUAAUUAAGUAAUCAAUUCUAACCAUAUUGUUAGUCACUAAUGAAUAAAGGCAUGUGCCUGUACUGUCUUGUACAAAAACCUGUCUUCCUUUUGAAUACGUUUAUCUUCUUCUACUGUUUCUAAAUAUCAAACCUACUAUCAGUGUUGAAAUAAAACUUUCAAGCUUCUCUCA